CCCACCAGUGUGCUUCCUUCUUUCUCUCUCUCAUUUUCUCUCUCAACAAGAUACAUGGAUUAACCUACAAGGACUUGUUUUGGAUUUCAUGAUGAACAACACACUUUUCCUUGUCACUCCUGUGUGCUACUUUCUCUUUUUCUAUUUCCAUUUCCACAGUGGAAUGUGUUCCGAGGCUGAGCAUCAACUCUUUUCUGUCAUCUUCGCCAACUAUAACCAGUACAUCAGACCAGUGGAGAAUGUCUCUGACCCAGUGAUAGUCCAAUUUGAGGUGUCGAUGUCCCAGCUAGUGAAAGUGGAUGAAGUUAACCAGAUUAUGGAGACAAAUCUGUGGCUAAGACACAUAUGGAAUGACUACAAAUUGAAGUGGAAUCCCAAAGAUUUUGGAGGUGUGGAGUUCAUCCGUGUCCCUUCCAACAGCAUUUGGAAACCAGACAUUGUGUUAUAUAACAACGCAGUGGGAGACUUCCAGGUGGAUGAUAAAACCAAAGCUCUUCUUCGCUACAAUGGAGACGUGACAUGGAUUCCUCCUGCCAUUUUCAAAAGCUCUUGCAAGAUUGACGUCACCUACUUUCCCUUCGACUACCAAAACUGCACCAUGAAGUUUGGCUCAUGGACCUAUGACAAGGCCAAGAUUGAUCUGGUACUGAUUGGUUCCACAAUCAACCUCAAGGAUUUCUGGGAGAGUGGGGAGUGGAUGAUUAUUGAUGCGCCAGGCUACAAGCAUGACAUCAAAUACAACUGUUGCGAGGAGAUCUACACUGACAUUACCUACUCACUCUACAUCCGUCGCCUGCCUCUUUUCUACACCAUUAACAUGAUCAUCCCGUGCCUGCUCAUCUCAUUCUUAACCGUUCUGGUAUUUUAUCUUCCAUCAGACUGUGGUGAAAAAGUGACGCUUUGCAUCUCAGUUCUCCUCUCCCUCACUGUCUUCCUCUUGGUCAUCACUGAAACCAUUCCAUCCACCUCUUUAGUCAUUCCACUGAUUGGCGAGUACCUCCUCUUCACCAUGAUCUUCGUCACGCUUUCUAUAGUCAUCACCGUCUUUGUGCUUAACGUGCAUUACCGAACACCCAAGACCCACACCAUGCCAUGUUGGGUGCGCCAUGUAUUCCUUAGCCUCCUUCCCAGAAUCAUGUUCAUGACCAGGCCUGAGCGAGACCCAGGGAAGCAAAGAAGUUUCGGGGCCCCUCACCGAUCAUGUUCCCUCCAUUCUUCCACUUCCUUUCCCCAACAUCUCACCAAGCAACAGAGCCUUCCAGGCAGCCUUCCUCGGCGCACUCAGCUCGUGCUCAGCACCGAGCUGAACACCCUGAGUGAGGCUGUUAAGGCUAGCUCAAGUUUCUUGUGCAGAGAUGGGAGAUGUACAUGCUGUUUAAGGCAGCUCUCUACCAAACUGCCCACAGAUGGAACUGGAGGGGCUGGAGUGGGCACUUUGGGGACAGUUAGUGGAACAGGCACAAUGGUAGGAAGCGGAGCAGUACGAAGUAGCUCUUGUUCAAGCUCCGAGUCUCUGGAUGGGGGACUUAAAACUCUCUGCACCCUGUCGCCAGAAGUUCGGGAAGCUAUUGAGAGCGUGAAGUACAUUGCAGAGAAUAUGCGGCUACAAAAUGAAGCCAAAGAGGUUCAGGACGACUGGAAAUACGUGGCCAUGGUGAUUGACAGAAUCUUCUUGUGGGUGUUUAUCCUGGUGUGCAUCCUGGGAACAGCAGGACUCUUUUUACAGCCCCUCCUCAUGGGAGAAGAUAUGUGAUUCUCCAUGAUCAAUCAUAAACAGACUUAAGAAACCUUGACUAAGUGUUAGUGGAGGCGUGCAACUUUAUAAAAGUGUUAGUGGAGGCGUGCAAAUCGAGGAUGUCUACAUCACUCAGCAGUCCUUGCGCCAUAGCUUUUUUUUCCCCCUCAAGAAGACUUCCAUUAAGCCAGUGGAAAACUUCAACUUUUCAACUCAUAUCUAAAGUUCAUGCUUAUUUUUUAAAAUAAAAGUUUAUAACCUAUCAAAGUGUUGUCAUAAGAACUGCAUUAAUGCACUGAUGCUGUAAGCAGAGCAUAACUAUGCAAAUUCUGUCAUGUAUAUUUUUUGUCCAGGCUUUGCGGACAGUGCCAUCCAGUGGGUGUAUUAGGCAUUAUCAACCAAAUAAUCCUACCUACGUUUGCAAUGCAUUACUGAGCUGUGAAUUAUACUCAUAUUUUAGAGCUGUGAAUUAUACUCAUACUGUAUUACACAUCACAUUUUUCAUUGUAACCUGAAAACUGGUCUUGAAUGAGGACAUGGUUGCAGAUUCAUUUCUAAAAUAAGACAAAGCUCUCCUUUGUGUUCCCUAUGCUAGUGCAUAAAAUGUCCCUUAUCUCUCCAAACGACUUGAGCAGCAGUGUAUUAAAUGUGUUCAGUGUAAGUUAUUUGUGAAUUUUAUAGACUUCUUGUUUUUGUGAAUAAAAACUCACUAAGUUAUAUUCCUCAAA